GGAGAGAGCAGGGUGGUCACGCUUGUGAUGUCACAUAGAUGUGUGUGUGUGAGAGAGAGGGAGAGUUGGCGAGGUAGUCAGUGAGAAAGCACCAGGAGGAUGGCAUCUAUCGGAGACUUCGAUCCGCUUCAGGCUACCGUUCCUGCUACCAAGAUCGAGAUCACCGUGUCCUGCAGGAACCUUCUUGAUGUGGAUACGUUCUCAAAAUCAGAUCCUGUUGUUGUGCUUUUCAUUCAAGGGAUUGGCAGCAAAGAAUGGCGAGAGUAUGGAAGAACUGAAGUGAUUGAAAACACAUUGAAUCCAGAUUUUGUGCGCAAAUUUGUCCUGGAUUACUUCUUUGAAGAGAAGCAGAAUUUGCGUUUUGAUGUGUACAGUGUUGACUCAAGGAGCACAAACAUUUCAAAGCAUGAUUUCCUUGGUCAGAUUUUUGUCACUCUGGGAGAAAUCAUUGGAUCGCCAGGCAGUCGUGUAGAGAAAUUAUUAACGGGACUUCCCGGAAAAAAAUGUGGAACACUGAUCUUGUCUGCUGAAGAGCUGAGUAACUGUCGGGACAUUGCAACCAUGCAGCUCUGUGCAAACAAGCUGGACAAAAAGGAUUUCUUUGGCAAAUCAGAUCCUUUUUUGGUCUUUUAUCGAAGCAAUGAAGAUGGAACGUUUACUAUCUGCCACAAAACGGAAGUGGUGAAGAAUACACUGAAUCCAGUCUGGCAGCCAUUCACCAUCCCAGUUCGAGCUCUUUGCAAUGGGGACUAUGACAGAACAGUGAAGGUGGAUGUCUAUGACUGGGAUCGUGAUGGCAGUCAUGACUUCAUUGGUGAGUUCACUACCAGUUACAGAGAGUUGUCCCGAGGCCAAAGUCAGUUCAACGUCUAUGAGGUUUUAAAUCCAAAGAAAAGAGGGAAAAAGAAGAAGUAUGUCAACUCUGGGACGGUGACCCUUCUCUCCUUCAAAGUGGAAUCUGAUUACACAUUUGUGGAUUAUAUUAAAGGCGGUACCCAGCUAAAUUUCACCGUGGCAAUAGACUUCACUGCAUCUAAUGGCAACCCUUCACAGCCUACCUCCCUCCAUUACAUGAACCCAUAUCAGAUGAACGCAUAUGCCAUGGCUUUGAAAGCAGUUGGAGAAAUCAUUCAGGAUUAUGACAGUGACAAACUCUUUCCGGCAUUAGGAUUUGGAGCAAAACUACCACCGGAUGGGAAAGUUUCCCAUGAGUUUCCUUUGAAUGCAGAUCCAGACAACCCAAACUGCAAUGGGAUUGAUGGAGUUCUGGAGGGAUAUUACCAGAGCCUGCGGAGAGUGCAACUGUAUGGACCAACCAACUUCGCACCAGUCAUUAAUCAGGUUGCCAGGUGUGCAGCACCAGUGACUGAUGGCUCCCAGUAUUUUGUGCUGUUGAUUAUCACCGACGGGGUGAUCUCCGACAUGGUACAAACUAAAGAAGCCAUUGUUAACGCCUCAGUCCUUCCGAUGUCAAUAAUCAUAGUUGGAGUGGGACCUGCAGAGUUUGAUGCAAUGGAGGAGCUCGAUGGGGAUGAAAUUCGAAUCUCCUCCAGGGGCCGUUAUGCAGAACGAGAUAUUGUCCAGUUCGUCCCGUUCCGAGAUUAUGUUGAUCGCUCUGGAAACCAGGUUUUGAGUAUGGCCCGGCUCGCAAAGGAUGUUCUAGCAGAAAUCCCAGAUCAGCUGCUCUCCUACAUGAAGACAAGAGAUAUAAAGCCACGGCCAGCCCCUCCCUCUUACACACCUGCCUCACAGCAAUCAUUUCACACAAGGAUCUGAGCAAAUGCACUCUCUCUUUGAUCAAUGUAUUUAUAGACUGAUUUUAAUAUUGGAACUUCUAAGUAUACAAGUUUAAGAGAGAGAAUGAGAGAGAGAGAGAGAGAGAGAGAGAGAGAGAGAGAGAGAGAGAGAGAAUGAGAGAGAGAGAGAUGGAGAAUUGAAUUUGCCUCUGUUCCAUUUAGAAAUAUUGACCAUAUUUAUUCCAGCUGCUGAUGUCAUCAUUGUUUUCAUGAGAGACUGAAUGGAAGUUAUGGAAACUUGCUCAAUGAGGUCCAUCAAUCACUUCAGGUUUGUGGCAUGGUUACAGCUACAUCCUCCUGGUCUCUUGACUCAGACAAAGUUUCAUUCUGUGCUAAACUGUUCUGCUUUGAGCUAUCACAAAUAAUAACACUCUCACCCUCCAGUUGCCUGUAAAUGAGCUUUCAGUGUUAUUAUCACGUUUGUUCAAACAAUGGUGUUGAUGGAACCUCCAUUGUCGCUACAUUGUAAAGCUGUGUUCUAUAAUCAGUAUUUGACAGAGGCAGUUGAGGACCAGUAUCUUUUUCUUGAUAACUUAGUAUUGAUUUUGUAUUUCAUUGCGAUCGAUGUCUUCUGCAGAGCAGGGAAAUCUAAUGGGUGGGAAAGUAAGCUUCCAAGUUUUUUCAGCCUUGACUAUAAACAUUGCAAACCAAAUCCCCCUUGGGAUAAACUUCGAAAGCACCAGCUCCGUCUUCAAUCGCCAAACAGUUAUCCUUAUCAUUCUAGUGAGUAUCUACAGACUGAUACAAACAUAUCAAACACAAAGUCAAACUAACUUCAUUACCAAAGGAUGAAUAUUUCACCAUAUAUGACCUGGAGACUCAUUUUGUUGCAGGCACUUAGAAAAAAACAAAGAAAUUUAUGAAAGAAUUUAUGAAAAACUGCACAUCAACAAAGAUUGACAUACUCUGUACAAUACAGAAUCAGAAUCAGGUUUAAUAUCACUGACAGUGUAGUGCAAUACAUUAAAAUUAUUAUAAAUUACAAUGAUAAACAUAUAUUAAAUUAAAUAUGUAGUGCAAAAAGAGAGCAAACAUAGUGAGUUAGUGGGUUGUUUCAUUGUCCACUCAGAAAUCUGAUGGCAGAGGGGAAGAAGUUGUUCCAAAGAUAUUGAGUGUGGUUCCUGUACCUCCUCCUUAAUGCUGGUAAUGAGAAGAGGGAAUGUUCUGAGUGAUGGGCAUCCUUAAUGGUGAACGCCGCCAUUUUGAGUCAUCACUUUUUGAGAUGCUGGGGAGGCUAGUGGCCAUGAAGGAGUUUGCUUUUUCCUGUGCAAUGGCCCCUCCAGACCAGCUGGUGGUGCAACCACUGAUGAUCCAUGAAAAUAUGUCACUAAGCAGUUCCUGAUCUUUUUUCGAGUUCAUCUACAGCAGGGUUUUCAUCAAUGUAUUAGGCCUAAAUUAUUGCCAUUCAUAUUGUUUAGAUCCCUUUUUAUUCUUAAUUGCCUGUGCACAUUGUCAUCCCCAAUACAGAAAACCCAUAUCUAGUUCUCUUUGCCAGUAUUACUGUGUAAGCAGCCACUGAGUAAUCCUUGGGAAUGUUUUGCCUGUUUGAACUCAGCAUCAUCUCAUGGUUUUCUAAAAUCAUCAACGUGCCUUUCCCACUCCACAAUGAGAAUGUAAAGUGCCACCACAUUCCAUCCAACAUGUUGAUGAUAGAAGAAUGACUGGGGAAGAUCUCAUUGAAAUCUAUCGAAUAUUGAAAGGACUAGAUAGAGUGGAUGUAGAGAGGAUGCUUCCUAUAGUGGACAACUCCAGGAUCAAAGAGCACAGCUUCAGAAUAGAGAGACAUCCUUUAGAACAGAAGGGAAAAGGUAUUUCUUUAGCCAGGGAGUAGUGAAAUUCAUUGUAACAGAUGGCUGUAGAGGCCAAAUAUCGGGUAUAUUUAAAGUGAAGCUUGAUAGGUUCUUCAUUAGUAAAGGUGUCAAAGAUAAUGGAGUCAAGCAGGAAAAUAUAUUUGAGACAGAAAAUAAAUCGGCCAUAAUUGAGUGGUGGAGUAGACUCAGUGGGCCAAAUGGCUGAAUAUGCUUCUCAUUUGCCUUAUGGCCUUAUGAUGCUCCAGUGCUCCGUAUAAAUCUUACUGUCACAUUUCUGUUAUCUUAAAUUUCAUCCUCUACCAAUACUCACAUUACAUCCCAAACCAAGAGGGCAGACAGAACAUUGCCGGAAUAAUUUCCUCCCUUCAUCACAGCCCGAUGGCUUUCGCAUUAAGUUUUUAUGAAAUGCAAAAUCAAAGCCCUAAACUAUAACAUGGAACCAGAAAAUACGCAGGAGGUCAGGCAGCCUUGGAAACAAACAUCACGGACUGAAAACCAGGAGGCAGCCUGAUCUACACAUAAAAACACUGGAGGAACUUGGCAGGUCAGUCAACAUCUAUGGAAUUGAAUAGACAGUCGAUGUUUUUGGAUAAGAAUCUUCUUCACGAUUGGAAAGGAAGGGAGAAAGUGCCAGAAUAAAAAGGUGGGGGGUGGGGGAAAGAGAACAAGCUAGAAAGUGAUAGGUGAAGCCAGAUGUGUGGGAAAGGUAAAAGGCUGGAAAAGAAGGAAUCUGUUAGGAGAGGAGAGUGGACCAUGGGAGAAAGGGAAGAAGGAAGGGCACCAGAGGUAGGUGAGAAGUGGUAAGAGGCCAGAAUGGGGAAUAUAGGAAAAGGGAAGGGGAGGGUAAAAAGAAAAAAAUAAUUACCAGAAGGAGAAAUUGAUGUUGAUGCCAUCAGGUUGGAGGAUAUCUAGAUCCACAACCUGAUCUGUGAUGUACUUAUAGUAAUCUCCUUUUUGAGUUUGGAUCUGGGGAAGUAGCAGUUUCAAUUCUACUGCAAUAAAAUGUGUUGGAACUCCACCGUGUUAUCUAUCCACGCUGCCUAAUCCCUUUGUUUGUGCAUUCAAAGUGUUCUGUGGUAACCUGUCUGAAAUGUGUUUUUUGGAUAUCAAAGAGUGCCACUGUUUGGGUGCAUUUCCAAUUCAUAACCACAACUCCAGGACCACGCUGUUUUGUCAAUGGUUAAUGUUCCCCUGCGGACUGGCACCACACGUGCUUCAUACAGAAUACUGCUAUAGAGCUCUGUGGAAGCUACAAUCUUGUCUGACUGAUAAAGGUCAUACUUGUCAUCUCUCAAGCUGAAAUAGAGAAAAGGAUGAUUGACCUGGAGAAAAAUUGAAGGAGACGCCAAAGCCUCCCAAUCCAUGAUGCAACACAUCAUUACAAUGCCAACUGGAGGUCAUGCCAAAUAAUGUUUGUGUUUUUCAAUUUGCAUCAAUUAAAAAAUAUAAGGGUAGGAGCAACUUUUAUACAAAUGUUUUUCUUCGUCUCCUUUCUUGAGGUCUUUGACUCUUGCUGGUUUACAAAUCCACUGGUAUCAGACACAUAUUUAUUUACUUAUCUAUCGUUUAUUGUGAUACAGUGCAGUAUAGGCCAUUCCGAUCCUUCAAGCUGUGUCACCUCAUUAACCCCUGAAUAAACCUAGCCUAACCACAGGACAUUUUACAAUGUCCAAUUAACCUACAAACCAGUACAUCUUUGGAUUAUAGGAAGAAACCUGAGUACCCGGAGAAAACAUGCAUUUCACAGGGAGGACCUGCAGACUCCUUGCAGAUGACAUCUCUGAACUCCGACGGCAUGAGCUGUUUAGCAUCAUACUAACCACUAAGCUACCAUGUCACCCACUCCUCACUUUGACCAGCCACCACUGUAGGCGACUGCCAUCCUUAGAACUGCUCUCACACACCUUCUGUAUGGAUAAAGCUUCCAUUUGGAAUGUUUGCCAAUAUCAAAACACAGGUCCACGCUUUUGAAAGGCCAAAAGCUACGCUUCCCAAUGCAGCUAAAUAUCCACGUCCCUUUACUUUUUGGCAAGGGGUGCCUGAUUGCAUUUUACACUCAGUGGCCACUUUAUUAGGUACACCUGUACACCUUCUCAUUAGUGCAAAUAUCUAAUCAUGUGGCAACAUCUCAGUGCAUAAAGGCAUGCAGACAUGGUCAAGAGGUUCAGUUGCUGUUCAGACCCAACAUCAGAAUUAGGAAGAAGUGUGAUCUAAGUAAUACUGACUGUGGAAUGAUUGUUGGUGUCAGACAAGGUGGUUUGAGUAUCUCAGAAACUGCCGAUCUCCUGGGAUUUUCACCCACAAGUAGAAUUUACAGAGAAUACUGCAGAAAAGCAAAAAUCAUCCAGUGAAUUGCAGAUCAAUGGGCAAAAAUGCCUCAUUAAUGAGAGAGGUCAGAGGAGAAUGGCCAGAUUAGUUCAGGUUGACAGGAAGGUGACAGUAACUCAAAUAAUUGGAAGAGCAUCUAUGAAAGCACAAC